AUGGUUUGGGUAGAUGAAGGAGGAGGGGGGAAGGUCGAUGGGUAUAACCGAGAGCUGCCCGGGUUCAAGCGGUACUCAGUAGUGGGUACAGAUGAGAGCGGAGUAUUCAAUCUUCAAAUCUUGAAUUCAACUUUGCAAGAUGAAGCAGAAUACGAAUGCCAGGUUGGUCCUAACGGAACUAACAAAGCUAUCAGAGAAUCUGCAAGACUUCAUGUGUUAUUGCCCCCGACCAAAGCAGAAUUUGUUGGAUAUUCCUCUGGUUCUCAGCUUGUUGUCCAGGAGAACGAAGAUAUUGAGUUGAGCUGUAGGGUUGAAGACGCUAAACCUAAACCAGAUAUUAUCUGGUAUAUCGGUGGCGUAGAAAUCACUAAAGGUCGCCGAGAGGAUGUGGAAGAGAAGGGAUCAACGGAUCGACGAAUUACUGUUUCGUCGACGAUUCGUUUUCGUCCAACUGCUGUGGAUAACUUGAAGACGAUUGCGUGUGAGGCUCAGCAUCCCGCGCUUACUGGAGGCGCCCUCACUGCAUCUUUGCAAAUAUUUGUUCAAUACCCCCCUGGACACCCUGUGAUAACUGGAUACACCCCUGGAGAGCCUAUAAAAAAGGGGUCUAGGGUAUCCCUAUCUUGUAAAUCGGAGGGGGGCAACCCCCCUGCCACCCUUACCUGGUACAGGGAAGGGGAGAGGAUAGAUAGUUCAUAUACUGAUCUAGAGGAUGGGUCAACCAAUACAUAUGAGUUCAUUGCUCAGGCUAAGGAUAACAAUGCAGUGUAUACAUGCUCGGCUUCUAAUGAUCUUAUUAAGACCCCUCUGCAGGCUGAUAUUAACAUCCAAGUACUAUAUGGUCCUGAGGAGGUUCGAAUAAUCGGUGAAUCUGAAGCUCGAGCUGGCGACCUACUCUCUUUCGAAUGUGUCACCUCGGAUUCGAACCCGCCUGUGGAUGUCUGGUGGGUCGUUGACGGCCGGGCAGUCCAGGGAAAUCAUACCCGGACACUUGCCUCCGAGGGUAGCGGAGGUUGGUUUACAAGAACCAAUAUAACUGUUCGGAUCGGAGCCAGGGAUACAGCCAAGAAUAUUCAGUGCCAUGCAGUAAAUCAGGCAGUUGGAGAAACUAAAGUUCAAACCCACACUGUUGGAGUUUUAUAUCCAUUCGAAGCUCCGCGGAUUAUCGGCUAUGACUCUAAGAAUUCUCUAACGGGAGGAGUAGAGGAGAAGAUUAGGUGUACUUCACAGGGCGGGAACCCCCUGGCUACACUUCAAUGGUUUCAUAGAGAUACAGAGAUACCUAGUGAAUACAUUCCAGGAGACAACCAUGCAACGGCCGUACUCGUCCUUAACCCAAACAUUACUGAUAACGGCGCCGUGUACCGAUGUGUCGCUAGUAGUCGGGCCGUGGCUAAGCCGGUCGAAACGACCGUUCGAUUUGCCGUGAAGUACGCUCCUAGCGCUGUGAAAAUCCAGAUACUUCCAGAUAGGUUACACCAGGGUACUGAGGCUACACUAGAGUGUGAGAGUGGUGAAUCAAACCCUCCCUCUACCCUAGUCUGGAUACAUAACGGAGUACCACUCAGCGGUCAGCUGUUCACCCAGCAGGGCAGCUACGGGGGUAAGAUCAGCAAGAACGUUCUUAAGUUCAAGGUGAAGACAGAGGAAAACGGGUCGGUGUUCACCUGCAAGGCGGAGAACGAGGUGGGGGAGGCCAUAGAUGCAGUCACCAUGUCUAUAGCAUAUAAACCUGUUUUUCCUGUGCUCUCUGGACCUGUCGAGGUGAAGGAAGGAGAGGAAUUAAUAUUAAAUAUGACAGCUCAUGGGAACCCUCAGAACAUGGAGUAUAGGUGGAGUAGUCCUACAGGGGAACUCCUGUCCCAGGAGUCUAAGGAUGGAGUACGGGUUGAAGGAGGUGUCUUGAAUAUAUCCCGUGUCCUGAAGGAGUUUGCUGGCACCUAUAAGGUGUCCGUCAAUAACUCGGAAGGAGUGGCAAAUACUAGCUUUAAACUUGAUAUCCUUUAUUCACCAAGGAUUACUUCUCUCACUGAAUACGUAAUGGUGGAGGAAGGAGAUACGGCUGUAUUUGAAUGUCUCUUUCAUGCUAAUCCGCUGACACUGGAUGGUAUAGUCUGGAGAAGGGAGGAGGGAGAGGGAUGGAAGACCCUGAGACGGGGAGAGGAUACACCCACCAGCUCAGCAUCAUGGGAGGAGAUAGGUGGGAACAGUAUCAACUCCAGGCUAGUGCUCAGGAAUGUUUCGGAGAAGGAUAUCGGGAGGUUUCUCUGUGCAGUGGAUAAUGGGGUUGGAGAAGAGACAGUUAAGGAGACAUAUCUUCUAGUUUCAAGUAAGCCCCGGAUGGUUGUCUCUAAGCAUCUGUCUAAGUCAGCAGCUGGUAACCGUGAGACCGGUGAACUGCGCUGCCGAGCUGAGGGAGCUCCCAACAUAACAUUUACCUGGAGGCGUACCAAGGGAGAGCUAGCUGCCGGCAAUAAAUAUGAGGUUUUCAACACUAGAAUCAAUCCUUUAGUCUGGGAAUCCAUCUUCCAUGUGAGGGAUGUUAACCCCGCCGAUUAUGGAGUUUAUGAAUGUAUCGCUAGGAACAGGAACGGGGUCUCAAAGACUCAAAUUGUGCUCCAGGAACCCACUGUUCCGGAUAAACCGGAUCAGUUCCGUGUUCUAAAUGUUACCGGAGACUCUGUGAUUUUAGCCUGGGAGCCAGGGUUUGACGGGGGUAGAGAGCAGAUAUACAGGAUUCAAUACCACAGGAGGAACCCUGGGAGUAUGUACAAGCAACCAAGUUACUAUGAUGUAUACCCGAUGAACUCUACCUCUGUUCUGAUCUCCGGGUUGACCAGCUCCAGUCUAUACGCCUUCUCCAUCCAGUCUCUUAAUGACCUCGGAGAGUCAAGCUAUACCAAGGAUAUUGAGGCCAAAACUUUAUCUGACACGUCCCAGACAUCUAACCAACCUUUAGUUGAUGGUCUUACUGACACCACCAGUCAAAAUAUCCCAGUGAUCAUAACCAUAACUGUAGCUGUUUGUGGUACACUCCUACUCCUCCUAGCAGUUGUACUCAUCACAUGCCUAGUACACAAAAGAAAGAUGAAGAAGAGUACAGCAAGCAGGUCCUCCAGUUCAAACAGUACAAAGUCAGCAGCUCAGGACGGGUUGUUUAAUGGAAGCCAGGGAACAUCUUGUUACAAUGAUACUAUGUCAGAAGAAACAAUGAGUUCUAUCUCGGAGAAAAGUGGAAGCUAUAUAGCACCCAUUGAUGGACGACUUUCUGGACUUCCAUACUUGAUGCCGAGUGAAGGAUACAGACCUCAUGCUGCCAGCACCUAUCUCACAGACCAGGUGGGCGGUAUCUACUCCGUGGACCAGGGGAGAGAGAUAGGGUUUACGUCCUCCAACCUACCCCUCAACAUGGCCAAGACACAGUUCACUGAGGAUACAGAGUCACAGUAUGCAGAUGAACUCAGGAGACAGGCAUAUAUUCAAACAUUAGCAGCCAAACCGGAUCUGAUUCAGGUUAAAGGAGACGGGUACAAUAUAUCACAGAUCGGAUCCUCCAUCAGUUACCCAAACUCACCGAUCGCGGAUUACUUCCCGAGCGAUCUCAUGGAGUCUGAUCUUCAAGAAAUUGAUCGACUACGUCUUGAUCAUCAAUCUCUUCAUCCUAUCAACAACUUUCCGACUGGUUCCGUCACACUCGGCCGGAACUCUGGACGAUUCGGCUCAAGGAAAAGUUCUUUUACACCGGUGAAACCGUCCAGCGGUGGUGGCAGGGGCGGACCCCUUUCCACUCCCCCAGCUUGCAGCACUCCGCAGAACCAUUUCCCUAUUCUCUCCGGUCUCAAUUCUCCUAACAGAAAUCUUCCGGAAUUUUCAACUUUCGGCACUUAUGGAGUGCAGGGCGGCCAUCUUCCCCAGUUACGUGAGGAAAUCCACGAACCAAACGGCCAUCUUGUUUAGUGUACACAAAAUCAUGACUAUUAAAAACCUCGCCAUGGUUUGGUGAUUAAAACGCCUAGCUAAAACAAUAUUAGUUGUAUUCAAUUAUUGAAGUUAUAAAAAAGUGAUUUAAUGCGUUAACUUUGUUGUACAUGAUUUAGCAUAAUUUAGCAAAUAUUCGUUUUUAAUGUCUUUGAAGCUGUACAGUGUACAUUGUACUGUGUACAGUGUAUUAUUACAAGACUUAAAUUGAUUACAGCCAAAGAUGAUUUAAUUG